GUGAUUUUGUACACCUCUAUAAGAUCACCGGGAAUAGAGUCCCAGCCUGUUCAACCCCUCCCCUCAGCUCAGUCUCUUGCACUCCAGUCCUGGCAACAUCCUCGUAAAUCUUCUCUGUACCCUCGCCAGCUUGACAACAUUUUUCCUACAACAUGGGGCCCAGAACGGAGCUGUGCUGCUGAGUGUGUCUAUAUUGGUGGGUCAGUAGAUAUCUGACCUGUUUAUUGUCAUGUGUACCGAGGUACAGUGAAAAGCUUUUUUGUUGUGUGUUUACCAGUCAGUGGAAAGACUCUCUCUCAGUGGAAAGACGGUACUUGAGUACAAUCGAGCCGGCCACAUGCAGGGAAUAACAUUUAGUGCGAGGUAAACUCCAGUAAAGUCCGAUUGAAGAUAGUCCAAGGGUUUGUGUGUGCCUGGGCCAUGCUGUUUGCCCCACUGCUAUCAUUGCCAGAUUUCGUCAAUUGGUGUUUCAAAACUCUGACCAGCAACUUGAUUAGUGCGGGUGUCAGAGGUUAUCGGGAGAAGGCAGGAGAAUGGGGUUGAGAGGGAGAGAUAGAUCAGCGAUUAAUUGAAUGGCGGAGCAGACUUGAUGGGCUAAUCCUGCUCCUAUCAUUUAUGAAUGUGUACUGGGAUCGUCGUGCUGUUCAUGGGAUUCAGCUCUCCACUCUGUGUUGUGUUUACUGUAUUUCAUUUUUAAACCUUGACAUCGCAAGUUCACGAUGUAGAAUUCGGCCACUCGGCCCAUCAAGUCCACUCCGCCAUUCAAUCAUGGCUCCUAAUCCCAUUUUCCUGCCUUCUCCCCAUAACCCUUGACACCCGUUCUAAUCAAGAAUGUGUCUAUCUCUGCCUUAAAAACAUCCACUGACUUGGCCUCCACCACCCUCUGUGGCACAGAUUAACUACCCCCUGUCUAAAGAUGUUUCUCCUCACCUCCUUUCUAAAAGAGCGAGUGCAGCGCCGGAGACCCAGGUUCGAUCCCGACCACGGGUGCUGUCUGUACGGAGUUUGCACGUUCACCCUGUGACCUGCGUGGGUUUUCUUCGAGAUCUUUGGUUUCCUCCCACACUCCUAAGACGUGCAGGUGGCCAGUGAGCGCAGCUGAGGGGCGGAGAGAUGGGGCACUGCUACGACAACGAGACCAUCCCCUUCUUCUAUGACUACGUGGGCAAGAAACUGAGCCAGCAUUGGCGGACGAAGGACGUGCUGGUGGUCACCCUGGGGCUGUUGGUGUGCGUCAUUGUCAUCCUGGCCAACUCGCUGGUCAUUGUAGCCAUCGUCCUCAACCGCCGAUUCCACCAGCCUAUCUUCUACCUUCUAGCCAACUUGGCUGCCACCGACCUCUUCUCGGGGCUGGCCUACACCUACCUGAUGUUCCACACAGGGCCCCGCACCGCCCAGCUGACCGUCCACACCUGGUUCCUCCGACAGGGCCUCAUUGACACCAGCCUAACCGCGUCGGUGACCAACCUGCUGGCGGUGGCUGUUGAGCGACACCAGACUGUCUUCCAGAUGCAACUACACAGCAACAUGAGCAACCAGCGGGUAACGUUCCUCAUCGUCUGCAUCUGGGUCACGGCCAUCCUCAUGGGCCUCAUCCCCCAGAUGGGCUGGAACUGCGUGUGCGACCUGGACACUUGCUCCCGCAUGGCCCCUCUCUACAGCCGUAGCUACCUGGUCUUCUGGGCCAUCUCCAACCUGCUCAUCUUCUGCGUCAUGUUGCUGGUCUACCUGCGCAUCUUCUACUACGUCCAGCACCAGGUGCAGAGGAUGUCCCAACACACGCUCCACUCCAGGCACAAGGAGACCAUGAUGAAUCUCAUGAAGACAGUGGUCAUCAUUCUGAGUGCGUUUGUGGUGUGCUGGACACCGGGGCUGGUGGUCUUGCUACUAGACGGGGUGGACUGCUCGAGGUGUGAGGUGCUGGCGCUGGAGAAGUUCUUCCUGCUGCUGGCUGAGCUGAACUCGCUGUCCAACCCCCUCAUCUACUCCUUCCGCGACAACGAGAUGCGCCACACCUUCAAGCAGGUGCUGUGCCUGCCCUGGCGUCCCCGCUCAUCCUUCACCCCCGGCACCAACCGUGCCCACGUCCUCAUGACCGAGGUGCCCCCCGCGCCCCCACCUGACUCCUCACAGGGGGGCAACUCCUCACUGUAACCCCCGUACUCCCUCCCCCCCC